CUGAGGCGGGCCCCGCCGGGGCGUGUGAGAGAAGCAGGGACGUCAGGUCGGCUGCACUUUCCUUCCCGCUCGGCAGCUGAAGGGAGAGAGAGAGAGAGAGGAUGAUGCGGCUCCGGAGCCCCGCGCUGCUGAGGGACCUGCUGAGGCUCAGCCAGAGCGGAGCGGCGGCGGCCGUUGGCGGGCCUGGCUGCUGCCGCCACCCGUUGCUGAGGCGGCUCCAUCCCGCCGCCGCCGGUUGCCGCCUGCCUAGCGGCGCCGCCCGCUCCUUAUGCACCCGCUCGGAGGGGAUUCUGGACGAGCCGGGAAAGGGCCCUCCGCCGUCCCAGCAGCAGCAGCAGGACGAGGCGGCGCCCUCGGCGGCGGUGGAGAAGCCCGGCGCCAACAACAACCACAGCGCCGAAGCCGGUGGCAUGGGCGACAAUAAGAUAAAGCAAGGUCUUUUGCCUAGUUUGGAGGAUUUGCUGUUCUAUACUAUUGCAGAAGGGCAAGAAAAAAUACCAGUUCACAAAUUCAUCACGGCCCUGAAAUCGACAGGUUUACGUACAUCUGACCCAAGACUGAAAGAAUGCAUGGAUAUGCUAAGAUUGACUCUUCAAACAACAUCAGAUGGUGUCAUGCUUGAUAAAGAUCUCUUUAAAAAGUGUGUCCAAAGCAAUAUUGUCCUGCUUACUCAGGCUUUCAGGCGAAAGUUUGUCAUUCCAGAUUUUGUGUCAUUUACUUCUCACAUUGAUGAACUGUAUGAAAAUGCUAAAACACAAUCUGGAGGAACGGUUGCUGACUAUAUUCCACAACUGGCUAAAUUCAGUCCUGACUUGUGGGCAGUGUCAGUUUGUACAGUUGAUGGACAGAGGCAUUCUGUUGGAGAUACCAAAGUUCCAUUUUGUCUUCAAUCCUGUGUCAAGCCUUUGAAGUAUGCUAUUGCUGUUAAUGACCUUGGCACGGACUAUGUACACAGAUACGUUGGUAAAGAGCCUAGUGGACUAAGAUUCAACAAAUUGUUCCUCAAUGAAGAUGACAAACCUCACAAUCCUAUGGUGAAUGCUGGAGCAAUUGUGAUCACUUCCUUGAUCAAGCAAGGAGCAAAUAAUGCUGAGAAAUUUGACUAUGUGAUGCAAUUCAUGAAUAAGAUGGCUGGAAAUGAAUACGUUGGGUUCAGUAAUGCCACGUUCCAGUCUGAAAGAGAGAGUGGAGAUCGAAACUUUGCAAUAGGUUACUAUCUGAAAGAAAAAAAGUGUUUUCCAGAAGGCACAGAUAUGGUUGGCAUAUUGGACUUCUACUUCCAGCUGUGUUCCAUAGAAGUGACUUGCGAAUCGGCCAGCGUAAUGGCAGCAACAUUGGCUAAUGGAGGGUUUUGCCCAAUCACUGGUGAGAGGGUACUGAGCCCAGAAGCCGUUCGGAACACUCUAAGUUUAAUGCACUCCUGUGGCAUGUAUGACUUCUCAGGACAGUUUGCCUUCCACGUUGGUCUUCCUGCAAAAUCAGGGGUUGCUGGUGGCAUUCUGCUGGUUGUUCCCAAUGUUAUGGGCAUGAUGUGCUGGUCCCCUCCUCUGGACAAGAUGGGCAACAGCGUUAAGGGGAUACACUUUUGUCACGAACUGGUAUCUUUGUGCAAUUUCCAUAAUUACGAUAAUUUGAGGCACUUUGCAAAGAAGCUUGAUCCUCGCAGGGAAGGUGGUGAUCAGCGGCAUUCCUAUGGACCACUGGACUAUGAGAGCCUUCAGCAAGAACUUGCAUUAAAAGAGACUGUGUGGAAAAAAGUGUCACCCGAGGCAAAUGAGGACGUCUCCACUACUGUAGUAUAUAGAAUGGAAGGUCGAGGAGAGCAAAACUAAAAGAAAUGGGCUCUAGUUUCAGAGAGUUGGUUUUCAUCUUUAAACAUGCUCCCUUUUCUCUAGAUCGCACAGUUCCAGAGAAGCUAGUUUUGUUUUCAGUGUUUUGUAAAUAACUUCUCCGAGAUACCAAAGAUUAAUAUCUGGUUUUAUGCAGAUUCAUUUUAAUCGCUUUUUCAGAAAGCAAGCGGAAAAUAAAGCACGAAAAUGUGUGUCACCUACACUUGCAAUUGUAUCAUGCUUAAGGAAUGAAUUCAAAAGGGAAUUUUAAUGGGGUAUUAAAAUACAGAAAAUUUGCAAUGCAGCAAAACACAAAGGUAUAUUGGCUAGAAAAGAAAAUUGGAACAAUAGAUGUAGAAAAUAAUAAUACCCGAAUCAUAUAUUUUUUAUAAGUGGAUAAAUUUUACUGUUGUCACAAUUUGCUUGGAUUUUAACAGACUGUUAAACAAAUCCUGUUAGUUUUUUCUCUCUGUGUGUCUUUUAGUAUCUUAAUCCUAAACAUUUAGAAGCAGGUUCAUUUGCUUUCAGUUCAAGCAAAUAAAUGCAAAGUCAUUCAACUUGUGCAACAUUGGAAAAGGCUGAAAAUGAAUGGAGGUGAUAGGAUUCUUUGUAUCAGUCGUUAUGUAACAGUAUGUAGAAACCUAGUUUAAACAACUCUUAAAUAUAUUGAAAUAUACUAAAGUAUAGAAUAGUAUUGAUAAGUUCAAGUUAAUCUUCUAAAAGCAGCAUAUUAGGAAACCAUGCUUGCAUUGUGCCUUUGACUUCUGUAAAAUGAUAGAACCAGUGGUUGAGAGAUACAUACUCCAUAUAUAUUAUAAUAUAUAUAUUACUGUAGAGUCUACCAAAAAUAUCCCAGAAAUAAAUAAUAGGUGCAAUAAGAAAGAAGGCGUUUCACAUUAGAGAGCCCUUUAACACACGGAGGCAUUGCUUUUCUGCCGUUCGCUGAAAGUGGUAUUUAGUGCUUUCAAGAACCUCCAGUUUUAACAUAGCAAGGGGAAGGAGCCUUGUGGUAGUCUCUACAUUUUUACAUGCAGUAGGUGGCCAGUUUCAAAUCCUGGCACCUCCAGGUAGAUCUGGAGCUUUUGUAUGAAAUUCCUAGAGAGAUGUUGCCAAUCACUGUAAAGUUUGGCUGUAGUGAGGUGGAUGAGCUGGUGGUCUGACUUCAUAUAAAUCUACUUCCUAUGUAAUUAGCAACCCUGUUUCCCCUUGGCCAAUAUCUUCUUAGAAUGUCUGCUCACAGGAAAUUUACAUUCAACAAAUGUCCUUUCUAAUGUUAAUUAAAAGCUUCCUGUUCAGAAGUUCAACCUGCUUCAUUGCUUCUGUGAUCCUUGUUGCUGAAAGAGCGGUGAUGAAUUACCCCUUAUUUAGUCAGCUUCUGUUCCUGGUGUGUGUCAAUUUAAGUCUGUGCUGCUUCACUAUAAUGAAAUAAAAGAGGGGAUAAAAAGUAAUAAUGAAAAGCAACAUCUCUUUCCUCCCUCACCACCACCACCCUUUGUGGGAGACAAAAGUGCUUUCAGUGACAUUGCUGUGCUUUCUGUGAUAAGAGAGGGGGUCAGGGGUCAGCACUUUGUAAGUGCACCAGUUCCAGUACAGGAUUGGUUCUGCCAAUGUACCUGAAAACACUAACCUCACCACCACCUCUCCCUCCCAGUAAAUACAACAAUGGUCCUGAGAGGAGGUUAGGUAUCCAGCACUGCCUCUCCCCCAAAAAGGGGGGGGGUUAAAUAAAAGACAGUUUAUCCCCACCUGCUGACGUGGGGAAGCAAUAAAACGGUCUGAACCUGCAAACAGGAAGCUUUCACUUGAAAGGUACAGUUCCCCUAAGAAGUCCUAAUAGUGAACUGCUAGUGCACAACUGACAGGAUGUUGCUGCAAUUGCAUUUUACAGCAAAACCCCCACAACAAAUCAGGUCUGGGAAAAGCACAGAAGGAUAACACAAAACACUAGAUUGCAAUGGUUUAACAACAGCGUUGUGCCGAUUCCUUGCAAAAAGUGAAUGAACAAGAGAUGUCCACCCCAGAGGAAAGGGUUAGUGUGGAAGCAACCUACAUCUUUGAUCUAGAACCAGCCAUGAAGAAAGUAGAUCAUGAUCCACUUGUGUACCACUUAGCGCCUUUGGGCUACUUGGAUUCCUGAAAAGAAUGCUGGAUUAAGUGGAUGCGAGUCUGAUUUUGUACAGUAUUUCUCAGAGUAAUCACUGGCUAACUUUUUAAUGCACAUUUGAUUGUUCCUAAACUGAUAGGAGAUCUGGAGUAUGAAGUCUGUCUUUGUGAGUUUAAAACAUGUUGGUGAAUCACACAAGAGCAAAAUACUGCUAUCCCUGUCCUAGAUAAGGGACAUUCAAAGCUUUGUGUGGGAAUGGAGGGCAAGGGAGCGAGGCGGCAUCUGUAAUUAAGGGAUGGGUGUUCGUGUAUCUGCCUUCCUCCCCAGUGAAUUAGGAGGCCCCUGCAGUUUUCUGAACAUGAAAUCUUGUCUAAAAGAGGAGAGAGUUGCAAUCUGAAGACCCACCACCAGUUGAUCCCAAGGAAGGAAAAUAUCCAAACAAGCCCUCAGACAAACAUGGGUGUCUUCAUUGUAUGGGAGAUGUGUGCGGUGACUGAUGAACCUGAGCAGCAAUAAAGAGGAGGAGCAUGCACUAAGCCAGGGUUGUGCUCUAAAAGCUUUAGAAAGAAGGAACACAGGGGAUGAAAUAAACCAAAAUUGCAAAUUGCAAAAAUUCUAUGGGGUCUGGAAUGAUAAAUUAGCACAACUGUUGGGAGAGUGGAAUGUGGCACUCAGAGUCUCCUGUAUUGUGAUUGGGAUGACCUGAAUAAUUAUAUUUGGAUUGGAAGGUGUUACGGUCACAUUCCUAUUGGUAGGGUGGCCUAUUGAAGACAAUCUGGUAUCUUUAGCUGGUGCAAAAUUCAGCCACUAUAAUGCUUGUAGCUAGGCAGUUCAUUAUACCAAUUUUACAUUGGCUAUCCAUUUGUUUUGAGGCUUAGUUUAAAGGUUAUUUGAAGGACCUCUUAUAACUUAUAUGAAUCUCCCUGGGUCCUAAGAUUGAUCUCACAGGUCCUGCUUCCUGGCCUACCACUAAGGCUGAUCAAGGUCAGGGAGUAUCAGGGACAAGGCCUUUUCAGUAGUGGCCCCUGUAUUUAAAUAAUUCCCUUUCCUGAGAAUUCUGCUUGGCCCCUUCCCUUGAGAUCUUUAAGCAAACUCUGAUGGUGUUUUUUAUACUGCUGGGCUUCUUGAUUGCCCCUUAUAUUGCUGGCUGCCUAUAAUUUUAUUUUCUGCUGUUUUGUUAUGGGUUUUUUUUGCGUUCAACUGUUUCGUUUUUACACAUCUGUUAUAAGCUGCCUUGUGAUGGCUUGCCCUAAAACGGAGAGUGGCAAUUAAUAAUAAUAAUAAUAAUAACAAUUCUGUCCUCUUUAAAUUUCUAUGGCUCUGGAUGCUUCCUGAGGAGAGAUGAUGAAGCAUGGACUUGUGUUCGCUUGUGUAAUCCUCCACUCCUGUGUGUAUUUUUCUCCCCAUGUUUCCUUGGGGAUAUUGGCCUCACACUUUCAGAAAGUUGAGCCUACACAAGGUUUAGCCUGGAGGAUGGCUCAUGGGAGACCAUGAAAACAUCAAUUCAUGUGGUGUGGAAAGUGAUGCUCAGAGAAUGGGUUUCAGCUUCCCUGACUCAUCAGCGCUUUUGCGACUUGUCUGGGCUGUUGCUUUCAGUUAAUUACAAAAUAUUUGCUGGUCUUUGGCGUCCUUUUGGUGUCCUUCACAUGCCCCUAUAAUUUGUUCAGUGUGUUUAAGUUGAAAGCAAUUUAAACUCUUUCCUUUACUAACUUAUGGUUGUAGUCCACAAAGUUGUCCUGUCUGUGCAAUAAUUUCUGCUUGUGCAAUGAAAGUCCCUCUCCUCUCUGCAAUGUGGAGGGGUUGGGGGGAGGAAUGCCAUAGAAAGAGAGAAGGGACUUGUGGAAAUGAGAUGACUUCUUUGGAUUCAAUCCAUAAUGCCUAGACCAAUAUGAAUGAGCAACCUCGACUCUCCAAGACCUUUCAGACAUGCCUCACUGCUUGUGCAUGAGCUGAAACAUGCUCAAGCCUCAGGUUUGUUCUUCUCUACAGCAUUUAAUUUCACUUUCUAUUAAUCCUGGCUUGUCAUAAAGUAUGAAAUGGGAGACCUUGAUUUACAAUUUUUAAACUCUGGCUGGCUAAACCAGCUACUUUGCUUUGACCAGCGUUCAUAAUUUGAAAUUUAUUUCUGAUUUGUAUGUAAUGACAAGCCCAGCAUUCACAGAAAGUGAAACAAAACCAGCCAUGUGAGCCUCUCUGCAAAAGAAAAUGUAAUAUGAAUCUGGGGAAUGUAGGUUUUGCAUUCAAGUUAAACACCAUCUGAAGCAUGUCGUGUAUGAAAAUGCUCUAUGUGACCUUAAGAAAAAGGAUGUGAACUCAGCUUACUAGUGGGUCUGGUUAAACAGAGCAGUGGCUACAUUCCAGUGGGGGAAUUUGUCAGAUGAGCAAGACCAUGAAUAUGUUAUUAAAAGCUGAUAGAAUAUUAGCAUGCUUUUGUCUAAAUAUUCUUAAUAAAGCUUAAUGUACAUUUGUGUUCACGGCAAUAACAGUUCUUGAUAUUCAAGCAAUUUACUUGUCGUAUUUCUUUUCCCUUUUCCUUUUUUGUUGGCAUCCUUAAUGCUCCUUUGGAAAUGUAAAUGCAUUUAGAUUUUGCUUUAGCUUGUGUUGUAUGCUUUUGCUUCAGUUGAAGUGAUAUGUCAUGUGUCCCAUUAUUUUCAUUUGCAUUGUAUGUUAUUUAUGUAUCUCCAGCACAUACACUUUUGUACUAUAAUAAAUUUUAUUUUGAGCUGCUCAGUUUGUAUUUUUUUUUGUUCCUUUUCAAUAGCAACUAGAUCCAUGAUUUGAAACUAGGAAUAAAAAACACUUUCCAUAAUCUCCUGUGUUUAAAUCAAAAUAGCAUUCUAUAUAAAUUUGAAGAAUAGAGAGUUCAGUAUAAGCUCUAGCCAGCUUUUAGUUCCAUUUUAAAAUUGUAAUUUUAACUUUUUUUUGCAUAACAGCUUGUGUUCAUUUUCUAGUCCUGCAAUUUUUGUUAGAACCACAUUAUAUUUGGUGGGGCGUUUUGUGAACAUGUUGGCUUGAAUCCAAACGGCGGCAUUUGCUGUAUUUGCUGCCACCUCCCACAUUUCUGAUGUAGACCAUUGUGCUAACUGCAAAAGCACUCCUGGGUGUUUGAAAAAUCUUUGGUUUGGGGUAGUGGUGGGUGAAAGGCUAGUUAGGACCAGUUGGCAAAAAUAGGUGAUUCUCACCCCUCCCUGCAAAUUAUCAGAAAUGCUAUAACAUUCAUGCACUGAGCACUUUGGAUUAUGUAACUUAUAUAAUGAUGCUUACUUACUAGGUCAUACAGUUUUGAGCUUAAACAAGUGUCCAAUUAGUCUAAUACCUUAUGUUAUAUCUUAUACAAGCUGCAUGCUUGUGUAGGCAAGAACUGAUCACACAGAUGAACAUUUCCUUUGCUUUUUUUUUAUCAAAGCAGCUCCCAAAAGCCAACAAAUUUGCCUUUUUGGCAGAGAGGGCUGCUGUGCAAAAUCAUUUUUUAGAAGCUUUUCUACCUUUAUGCACGCACGGACGUGCCCAUAAUUCUGUGGAUUGUGACUAUAGACGCCAAAUGAGAAUUUAUUUAUUUUUAGUUCACUGAAAUCACUGGCCACAAUUAGACGCAGUUAACUGCAUUCAGAAAUGACUAGUUUCUCCCAGAUUUAAGCUUGUGCAUCUUGCUGCAUCUUUAUAGAUUUGUUUAUUGUGACUAACUACUAAUAAUGCAAAAUGUAUAGAACAGAAUGGAAGCCAAAGAGAAGGAAAAUACAAGUAGGGCAAAAGAACAUGCACACUUCUUGGAAAGACUUGUUUGUGCUUUCCCCCCAGGUCUUGAUAAUACAUGCCAUUGAGAUUCCAAUCCUAUACCCACUUACUAGGGAAGUCUGUAGGACUUACUGCUGAGUAAACAUGUAUAGUCGUACCUUGGAAGUCAAACGGAAUCUGUUCUGGAAGUGCAUUCGACUUCUCAAAUGUUCGCAAACCAAAUUGCGGCUUCUGGUUGGCUGCAGGAACUGUUCGGGUUCCAAAAGAACGUUUGCAAACGGAACAAUCACGUCCGAGUUUGCGGCGUUUGGGAGCCAAACCGUACUAAUUCCAGCGCAUUCGACAACCAAGGUACGACUGUAUAGGAUUGUGCUAUAACAUAUGACACACUGUGUGUGCUUGGUCAUGUUUAUUUUUAAUUAUUUUACUGAGCAACAUUAAAACCUCUGUAAGGGACCCAGGUGUUGCUGUGGGAUAAACCACAGAGUCUAGGGCUUGCUGAUCAGAAGGUCGGCGGUUCGAAUCCCUGCAACGAGGUGAGCUCCUGUUGCUCGGUCCCAGCUCCUGCCCACCUAGCAGUUCGAAAGCACAUCAAAGUGCAAGUAGAUAAAUAGGGACCGCUCCGGCGGGAAGGUAAACGCCGUUUCCGUGCGCUGCUCUAGUUCGCCAGAAGCAGUUUUGUCAUGCUGGCCACAUGACCCGGAAGCUGUCUGCGGACAAACGCUGGCUCCCUCGGCCUAUAGAGCGAGAUGAGCGCCGCAACCCCAGAGUCGGACACGACUGGACCUGAUGGUCAGGGGCCCCUUUACCUUUACACUUAUGUGGUUUUAAUAACGAGCAGUUUAUCUGACAAAAAUAUUAAACCUAAAGUCUCUUCCCAAUAAGUGUCAGAUUAUCAUAGCCUUCAAACUUUGUGUCCCAUCUAUCGGGGAUCCAGAAUCAGUAGAGGGGAAAUGCAGUUUGCUAGGUGACUCAUAUUUCCUGCAGCGAGGAAUUCACUGUACCAUUAUUUGAAGUACCGUACUUGUAGAUUUGGUGAUUGAAAGUGCCUUCUGAAACUUGCUAGGUAAACAAAACUCAGCCUGUCACUGUUUGGGUGCUUGUAUAAAGAACCAGAAUAUAAGAACCAAAUGGAUUGAUCUCUGUGGUUGGGGUGAUCCCAAAUCCACAGGCUUCCCUCUUCCCUUAAAUGAUGGGAACAGCUUGUCAUGUAGAGCCCCUCUUCCUCCGAAUCUGGUCCACAAUCUGUGAUACUUCAGUAAUAAAGACGCUUGUGAGGUGUUCCUGUCCUGUCCUACUUUCAUGCUAGCUUCUUUAGGAGGAUGCCGAAAGCUCACUUUUCUUAUUUAAGGUUAAUUAUUAUCAAAGUCAUAUGUAAGGCACAAGCAGGAGAAACUAAAGUCCAAACAGCAUUAAAUCAUCUCAAAUCCUAGUACUCCAGCUUAACUCGAACAUAGAUUUACGGCAUACUAAACUAGGUAAUCCUCACCUAUUUUUUAUUUCUGGUCUCUAUAUCUGCACCCGAGAAAUGAAGGUUGCUUCCCAAUAUUCCCACCCUGCUUUUGAGCAAUAUCCUUUAAAAAAAUAUUGCCACAUUUGCUCAGUAUUUUAAAAGUUCGUUGUGGCUGUUAGUACUGCAAAGCCAAAGAAAGAGAAUCAUAGAGUUGGAAGCGACCCCAAGGGUCAUCCAUUGCAACCCCCUGCAAUGCAGGAAUCUCUUUCCCAACGUGGGGCUCAAACCCAUAACCCUGAGAUUAAGAGUCUCAUGCUCUACUGACUGAGCUAACAGAUACUCGGUAUAGUACUUCACUGGAUCAUCUUCACACUAAAUUCAUUCUUAUCCCUUGAGUGUAUUAUUUCAAGGCUGAUUUAAUCCUUGUACCUGACAAUUGAGGUUAGUGAGCACAGGGGCGUAGGGGGGGCGAUGGGGGUGGUCUGCCCUGGGUGCCACCCGGGGGGGUGGCACUCUGCACGCCCCUCCCUGGCCCGCCCUUCACCUCCGCCUGCGCAUGGAGCAGGUGAGCGAGCAAGCUGCAGAGUGAGGCUUUUUACCAGGUGGCAGGGCAACAGCGCCUCCCAAUCCACCCAGUAAAAAACCUCGCUCCGCGUCUUGCCGGUGGCGCCGCUCCAGCGUCGUAUGCGUACCACAUGCGCAGUGUCGCUAUGUAGUGGUGCAGCGCAUGCGCGCAGCAUCGUGGGUUGCUGCUCCGGGUGCCGGAGCGGCUUCCUCCGCCGCUGAGUGAGUAUUAUUUUUGAGUCGAUAUGCGGUACUCAACGUUUCAACUGAUUCUCUGAAGUUUGCGGAUACAAGGUUUAUUAAUUUUUUCAUCCCGGAAACAUCCAGCUGCAGACUAAUAUUGCACAGGCAGUUAUUCUCCAUCUCUUAGCACAAAUACCUAUGUGGACUGGGCAACUAGUUAAAAACUGAGUAGUUUGGAAGACUUUCAUUUCCUAUUUGUCAACAUAACCCAGAUCACAAAAACCACACUAGUGUGAAGAAACAAUUGUUUUAAUUCAGUAGUGAAUUAAAACAAAGAUUUGGGCAUUGUUUCCAAGUUAAACAUCAACAGUAAGUUAAAACAUUUCUGUUUUUUGCCACUUUUUAAAGACAAUCAUCCAAUCAUUCAUUUUAUUUCACAGAUUCUUACAGCAAAAUAAAUUUGAUAUUCCAUAGUUCAGUUAGAUCUUUUCACACAAUUCUGUAGCAAUAUUACAGGUUCCAUUUAAAGUUCACAAUCACACCUGUUAUAUUUUGUCCCUUAGUAAAGUCUGUUUGACAUCCAUGAAUAUAUUUAAGAGUUUUAAUUCAGCUGUCAAGAUGUCCAUAACUUUGAAAACCUGAUGCACAGAUCUCAAACAAUGUAAGUCUGGUGUGGUACGGUUUUCUCCAGUUAUAAAUCUGUGUUCCUUCCCAUGCUAACAGGUAAGAUGCCUGUCCUUGUAAUUUUAAUUAUACUAUUGGUUAAAGGAUUGAAUAAAACAGUCAAGCAGGCUAUAUACAAUUUGGAUGAAAGUCCAGCCAAUCCUAGAGAUUUACCACUUUAUUAUUUCAAAAUAGCUAAAUUGAUUUCAUCUUUUAUAACUGGUGGCUUCAAAAGUUAUUAUCGUGCAUUGAGAACUUCUAGGGGUUUUCAACUGAUCCCCAAAUGCUGAAAUCUGGUUCUAAACAAUAUUUCUUAAAAUAUUAUACAAAAGCAAAAAACAAAACAAAAAAGUUGCCUUUUCUACUGGGCUCCCACCUUGGUUUUGAACAGGUUUUCAAAUACUUUCUUAGUUGUGUGUUGUGGUUGGUUUUUGGUCUUGUUUUCUUAACUCGUCGGAAAGUUGCUGAUCUGCAUGGUUUAUCCUUUUUGCUUCGGAAAAUUUCGAAUAAUUCCAUCUGAUAACACUUAAAAAACAUUUAAUUAUUGGCUUUGGUGAUGGUGAACUUCCUUUUGCUUGUGUUAGAUUUGACUAGGAAAUUCUGAGCUUUUCAACAAGUGUAUUUUUUUGGGGGGGGGGGGAACGUUUGCAUAGAUGUGCUAAAAACGUCACACGCAGGGGCAUUUGUUGCAUUGUCCCCAGGAAUGGCAGUUCCCGACACUAGACAAAGAUCCUCUUCAAAGUUCAGCUGACACCCUGGAAACACUGUCCAGAUAUACCUGGGAUCAGAAGAAGAUCUUAGAUGUGAAUAGGAGGCAGCAAUUGUGUACAAUGUUUGCAAGUAAAAUUGAGUAAAUAGACCCACAUGCCAAACAUAGGCACCAGGCAAAAGACUGCUCUGGUGAUCAGGUGGUUCAAGGCAAUCCAGUAAGAGUUUCCUUGUGUUUAACAGUAAAGGAAUUUUGCACGUUACAUGCCUUCCUUAGUCACCAAGCACCAUGUUGACUGCAUGCGCAGAAUCUUGACAAAAUCCCACGUUAAAUCCAAAGCCAGAGAGCGUAGGAAUGGCAUGAUUUAUUAUUUACCUCGUUUGGAAGACAAGUUUGUUCCAGUUUGUAAUAGUGAACUUCAGAGACUGCUUUCUCCUGUAACUCUUUGAGAUCUUGGAUUUUUGAGAUCUAAAAGAUAUUUUUUUUCUACAAUAUUGUCACAUGCUUAACAUGCCCACGCUAUUGGACUUCCACCUGUCGGUGUAGUUAGUUCAAUGUUAAAAAAUUCUCUGAAAUAAUAGUCUUAACAUUGAUUAUUAUU